AUGCCUCCAGGUACCCCCUACAAGGCGUUCAUCCCCCCUUAUCCCAUCAGAGUCGAUGAAUUCACCUCCUCACCUUUCCUUUCCCCUCCUCCGGCUCUCCAUCUGCUCUCUCACACCCACUCCGAUCAUGUUUCUGGCCUUUCCGCCAAGUCGUUCUCGUCGAAGAUCAUAUGCUCGCAUGACGCGAAGCAAAUGCUGCUGAAACAUAAGGUAUACAAAGAACGUGCCCUGGUCAACAGCAGUGUCCGGGAAGACCCAAAGCUUGGAAGAACAUUCGAGCAUCUGAAGGUUGAUCCCGUCAAGGCUGGGGGACGAAUUCAAUAUGAAGGCAGUAGAGAUCUUCUGUGCCCAUUACCUCUCAACAGUCCCACAGAAAUUGAGCUCUCCAACAGCGAAACUGUGACGAUCUCAUUGUUGGAUGCUAAUCAUUGCCCUGGUGCCGUCAUGUUCCUUGUCGAAGGGCCACGUGGAGCGAUUUUACACACAGGGGACUUCCGUGCCGAACCUAGCCUCCUAGAUAGUCUGGUACACAAUCCCAUCUUGAGGCCCUAUCUCGCUGAAAAUCGAUCCUCAAGCCACCUCAAGAAGUAUCGGAGUGCUUGUGGACCCAAGAGGCUUGACGCUAUUCAUCUGGACACCGCAUGUGUAUUUUUGAACACGGAGGUACCGUCCAAGGCGGACGCAACAGAAGGCCUCACCUAUCUCAUGUCGCUCCUUCCGGAUACCACGACAUUUUUUGUCAACUGUUGGACAUGGGGCUAUGAAGAGGUGCUGAAAUGUAUCUCUCGCACAUUCAAGUCCAAGGCAUGCGGCCCAUUUUUCCCUCUUCUAACACUCGAUCUGAUCAGUAUCCCAAUACAGAUUCAUGUUGAUCGUUACAAGCACAAUAUUUACAGCCGCCUAUCGGACCCCUUCAUGCGCUCCAUCAUCACCGAUGAUCCCGCCGCGACGCGGUAUCAUGCUUGUGAGCGUUUCGAUCGGUGCGAAUAUGCUGCGGAUCUUGUGGAGGGGGAGAAGGAUGCAAGGAAGGUUGUGUACGUUAACCCUGUGACCAUGGGUGCAGUCAAGUGGGCACAGUAUCUCGCAGAGACAGAGGAACUAUUGCUUCAAGGGAAAGAAGUGUCCUGCCUGCUCGUUCCGCUCUCGCGACACUCACCGCUGCCAGAACUGAAGAAAUUUGUAGCGCUGUUUCGUCCGAAGAGAAUCGUACCAAACACACUCGACACGGCUCUGAAUGGGUUGGAUAAGCGCUGCAUUAACGCGAUGUUUGCGGAUUCUAUCUGUUCUGACUCAACAAUACAAGGGUCAUCCGGCUGGGAUGAGGUUAUGUGCGAAGGCGGCAAAAUCACAAUGGACAACGCCGAAUGUGAUGCGGCCCUGCAAGACCUAAUGGGCAGCGAGGCAACCGAAGUCGCGGCGAAGUGGGCGGAGAGCGGAAGAAUGCGAAAGAAGUUGGAAGUUAUGCUAGCCGAAGGUCAUUUAAAAGGUCGAGACCAUACCAUGGUAAGGAGGUUACUGGGACUUCCCGCCGAGCCUGCGCUGUCUGUAACCUUAAAACCUUUAAACGUCAAGCUUUUCAACGCGCAACUUAAGGCAAAGCUGGCUGCUAAAAGUGAAGACAGCGAUGAAGAAACGGAAGACGAGGAAGAAGCAGAGGAAAGAGGGAGAACAGCGGAGGCGCUUUUCGGGAGAUUGGCCGGUAUAGAUGUCAGAAAAACAUGGUAUGAUGACGAUGACUCUCAGGAGACGCAGGCGAACGAAGAAGUGUGCGUUGCACCUAGGCCAGCCUCCCGGCAUUCGACUUCGGAUCUGGCCCAUCCGCCGGAUGAAGGGCCAGGUACAAGAAAACAUGGCGAGGCCGAGAGGUGCUCGGGAAGAAAUACGCCUUCCUCUUCAGGUUUGAUGACGCCUCCGCCUACAGUCAAGAGGCCCACCGGUUUGCGAGCACACGUUGCAAAAAGAAGCGACCCAUACUUGGACAGUCAUCCCGCUCAGAAGAGGCCUGCCGAUGUAGACUCCGAGCCUUUCCCCAGUAUCAACAAUGACUCUCCUGCUCAACACCGUCAGCCCCAAGAGGAAUGUUCCAUCCGUCCAACCUCUCCAAAGCGCAGGAAGGUUGCUGACUGGCUGAGCGAUGUACAGCGCUCGUCUGCUUAUUCAACCGAGUCUGUCUCUUCACAAGACAGAGAUGAAAAUCAGCGUUCACCAAGCCAGUCGAUCCGAGUAUCUUUAACCCCUUCGCUAGCUGCUCAUCGCCCGGCAGGCUCUCCAGUAGUAUCAGCGACGCUGCUUCAAUUACCACAGCAACCUGCGUCCACAGAUCUCGAUCACUCGGCGAAAAUUCACGAGGAUCCUACGGCCAAGAAAGCGCGCCACCGCAAAUUCAGAGAGGGAAGACUAGCGAUCACAGAGAAGCCACGGUUAGCAAGAACAGACCUACCACGACCCGCACACUCCACCUAUGUUUCUGGUCCUGAUCCGAAACACGGGAAGAAGACCGCAGAAAAUCGCCGUUUCCAUCCGAUUUCAAAGGUGGAUCGCAACGGGAUGAUCCAUCCCCCUCAUCUACAAACGUCCCAUCCGAAGAAGCAUAACAUUGACAGUGCGAAGAUAGGCCCGCCACUCCGAAGCUCUGGUUCGUUUGCCACAGUGUAUAGCGACGAUCGAGAUCUAAAUUGUGAACGUGUGCGUUAUCUUGAAAAGCAGAUACGACAGAACGCGAUGGAAGGCAAGGGGCUGAAGGUUCCGGGGCUGGAGUGCGUGGGGAGUCAGUGA